AUGGGGUUACUGGCAACAUGGUCAAUGAGUGACUCAAACUGGAUUCCUGUUUGCAAAGGGACUUUUGAAGAUUGUGCUCAGAUCCGUGUUAAUGACGGUUAUACAUGGUAUGAUUUCCCAUGUAGUGGUGGACCUGCUUAUCACUAUUCCAGUAUUUGUGAAUAUAAAAUGCCUAAAAUGUUGACAUCUUCUACAACCGGAACGAACGUUGAAACACCGGUGCCAACAACUAUGGCUAAGACACAAACAUCAACUGCGACUACGUUAGCAAAGAUUGACACACCAGCACCGACAGUUUUGCCAAACGUUGAAACACCAGCGCCGACAGUUUUUCCAAACGUUGAAACACCAGCGAUGACAGUUUUGCCAAAUGUUGAAACCCCGGCUUCUACUACUUUACUAAAUGUCGAAACACCCGCGCCUUAUAAAGACACAUCAGAAUUUACAACCCGGAUUAUAACGAAUCCUCCUAGUGCUGGUAUAGUGAAUAAGGAAACAGUUAUUACUGGCUGGGGAAAAAGAUAUGAGUUUAGUGAUUUAAAAUGCAAUUACUGUUUGGAUUAUCUGUGCAUAAUAUAUAUAAUGUGA